UGAUAUGCAGCUUUCGAGGAUCUGUUCCUCAAGGAUUGGUCUUAGAAAUAGGAGAAACAGUCCAGAUUCUUGAAAAAUGUGAAGGUUGGUACAGAGGAGUUUCAACAAAGAAACCAAAUGUGAAGGGGAUCUUUCCUGCAAAUUACAUUCACUUGAAAAAGGCAAUUGUCAGUAAUAGAGGGCAGUAUGAAACUGUGGUACCACUUGAAGAUUCUAUUGUGACUGAGGUUACAGCAACAGUACAAGAAUGGGCCAGUCUGUGGAAACAGCUAUACGUGAAACACAAAGUAGAUCUUUUCUACAAACUACGCCAUGUGAUGAAUGAACUUAUUGACCUGCGAAGGCAGCUACUAUCUGGUCACCUGACGCAGGAUCAGGUGCGGGAGGUUAAGCGGCACAUCACCGUGCGCCUGGACUGGGGUAACGAGCAUUUGGGCCUGGACCUGGUGCCUCGGAAAGACUUUGAAGUAGUGGAUUCCGACCAGAUCAGUGUCUCAGAUCUCUAUAAGAUGCAUUUGUCUAGCCGGCAGAGUGUACAACAGAGCACAUCCCAGGUGGACACGAUGCGCCCACGUCAUGGGGAAGCCUGUCGAAUGCCAGUGCCGCAUCACUUCUUCCUCAGUCUGAAGAGUUUUACCUACAAUACCAUUGGGGAAGACACUGAUGUCUUCUUUUCUUUGUAUGACAUGAGAGAAGGCAAGCAGAUCAGUGAGCGGUUUCUGGUGCGAUUGAACAAGAAUGGUGGGCCCAGGAAUCCAGAGAAGAUAGAACGAAUGUGUGCCCUUUUUACAGAUCUGAGCAGCAAAGACAUGAAGAGGGAUUUAUAUAUAGUUGCGCAUGUCAUCCGGAUAGGGCGGAUGCUCCUGAAUGACUCCAAGAAGGGACCUGCUCACCUGCACUACAGGCGACCAUAUGGCUGUGCAGUCCUAAGCAUCUUGGAUGUCCUGCAGUCACUCACUGAAUUAAAGGAGGAAAAAGAUUUUGUUCUUAAGGUUUACACGUGCAACAAUGAGAGCGAGUGGGCCCAGAUCCACGAGAACAUCAUUCGCAAGUCCAGCGCCAAGUACUCUGCCCCCAGCGCCAGCCAUGGUCUUAUUAUUUCUCUACAGCUUCUUCGUGGUGACAUGGACCAAAUUCGGAGAGAAAAUCCCAUGAUAUUUAGUAGGGGAGUAGCGAUUACAAGAAAGUUGGGAUUUCCUGAUGUCAUCAUGCCAGGUGAUAUCCGCAAUGACUUAUACCUGACUCUGGAGAAGGGGGAUUUUGAGAGAGGGGGAAAGAGUGUACAAAAGAAUAUUGAAGUGACCAUGUAUGUGCUUUAUGCAGAUGGAGAAAUCUUGAAGGAUUGUAUCAGCUUGGGUUCGGGAGAGCCAAAUAGGAGUUCCUACCACUCCUUUGUUCUUUACCAUAGUAAUAGUCCUCGCUGGGGAGAGAUUAUCAAAUUGCCUAUCCCCAUUGACAGAUUCCGGGGCUCCCACCUACGCUUCGAGUUCAGACAUUGUUCCACAAAAGACAAAGGAGAGAAGAAACUCUUUGGUUUUGCGUUCUCACCCCUGAUGCGUGAUGAUGGCACCACCCUCUCCGAUGAUAUUCACGAGCUUUAUGUGUACAAGUGUGAUGAGAAUAGCACAUUUAAUAACCAUGCUCUCUACCUGGGCCUGCCCUGCUGCAAAGAAGAUUACAAUGGCUGCCCUAAUAUCCCCUCCAGCCUCAUCUUCCAGCGCAGCACCAAAGAGUCUUUCUUCAUUUCUACACAGCUCUCUUCUACCAAACUCACCCAGAAUGUGGACCUCCUUGCUCUCCUGAAGUGGAAGGCCUUCCCAGAUCGGAUCAUGGACAUCCUAGGGCGGUUGCGGCAUGUCAGUGGGGAGGAAAUCGUUAAGUUUCUGCAGGACAUCUUAGAUACACUCUUUGUGAUUUUGGAUGAUAAUACUGAGAAAUAUGGCCUGUUGGUUUUUCAAUCUCUGGUUUUCAUCAUCAACCUGCUCCGAGAUAUUAAGUAUUUUCACUUCCGACCUGUGAUGGACACAUACAUCCAGAAGCAUUUUGCUGGAGCCCUGGCAUACAAGGAGCUCAUUCGCUGUUUGAAGUGGUAUAUGGACUGCUCAGCAGAACUAAUUCGGCAGGACCACAUUCAGGAGGCCAUGCGGGCUUUGGAGUACCUUUUCAAGUUCAUCGUGCAGUCCCGCAUCCUGUACUCGCGAGCCACAUGUGGGAUGGAAGAGGAGCAAUUCCGGUCCAGCAUUCAAGAACUUUUCCAGUCCAUUCGGUUCGUGCUCAGUCUAGACAGCAGAAACUCAGAAACGCUCCUCUUCACUCAGGCUGCGCUCCUCAACUCCUUCCCGGCCAUCUUUGAUGAGCUGCUGCAGAUGUUCACGGUGCAGGAGGUGGCAGAGUUUGUAAGGGGAACGCUGGGAAGCAUGCCCAGCACGGUGCACAUUGGGCAGUCCAUGGACGUGGUGAAGCUGCAGUCCAUCGCUCGGACAGUGGACAGCCGCCUGUUUUCUUUUUCAGAAUCCCGCCGCAUCCUGCUUCCUGUGGUUCUCCAUCACAUUCACCUUCACUUGAGGCAGCAGAAAGAGUUGCUGAUCUGCUCAGGAAUUCUCGGCAGCAUCUUCUCCAUUGUCAAGACCAGCUCUCUGGAGGCAGAUGUCAUGGAGGAGGUAGAGAUGAUGGUGGAGAGCCUCUUGGAUGUGCUCUUGCAGACUCUGCUCACCAUCAUGAGCAAAUCGCAUGCUCAGGAGGCGGUAAGAGGGCAGCGGUGCCCGCAGUGCACAGCCGAGAUCACUGGAGAGUAUGUGUCCUGUCUUCUCUCACUGCUUCGUCAGAUGUGUGACACUCAUUACCAGCAUCUCCUGGAUAACUUCCAGAGCAAAGAUGAACUCAAGGAAUUCCUGUUGAAGAUUUUCUGUGUAUUCCGGAACCUCAUGAAGAUGAGUGUCUUCCCUCGGGACUGGAUGGUGAUGAGACUGCUCACAAGCAAUAUUAUAGUCACUACUGUCCAGUACCUGUCCUCUGCACUGCACAAGAAUUUCACAGAGACAGACUUUGACUUCAAGGUGUGGAAUUCUUACUUCAGCCUGGCAGUUCUGUUCAUAAAUCAGCCAAGCCUUCAGCUCGAAAUCAUUACUUCAGCCAAGAGGAAGAAGAUUCUAGAUAAAUAUGGUGACAUGCGUGUGAUGAUGGCUUAUGAACUGUUCAGCAUGUGGCAGAAUUUGGGUGAACAUAAGAUCCACUUUAUUCCGGGAAUGAUCGGUCCUUUCCUGGGUGUGACACUGGUCCCACAGCCUGAAGUACGGAAUAUCAUGAUUCCCAUCUUUCAUGACAUGAUGGACUGGGAGCAGAGGAAAAAUGGCAACUUCAAACAGGUGGAGGCUGAGCUGAUUGACAAGCUGGACAGCAUGGUGUCAGAGGGGAGAGGCGACGAGAGCUACAGGGAGCUCUUUGGUCUGCUAACCCAGCUGUUUGGGCCCUACCCCAGCCUGCUGGAGAAGGUGGAACAGGAAACGUGGCGCGAGACCGGCAUUUCCUUUGUGACCUCAGUCACCCGCCUCAUGGAGCGCCUUCUUGACUACAGGGACUGUAUGAAAGGAGAAGAAACAGAGAAUAAGAAGAUUGGCUGCACGGUUAACCUAAUGAACUUCUACAAAUCUGAGAUUAACAAAGAAGAAAUGUAUAUCCGAUACAUCCAUAAGCUUUGUGAUAUGCACUUACAGAUCGAAAACUACACCGAGGCUGCGUUCACCCUGCUCCUUUACUGUGAGCUGCUGCAGUGGGAGGAUCGGCCGCUGCGGGAGUUCCUGCACUACCCAUCCCAGACAGAGUGGCAGCGGAAGGAGGGACUGUGCCGGAAGAUCAUCCACUACUUCAACAAAGGCAAAAGCUGGGAGUUUGGGAUCCCACUGUGCAGGGAGCUGGCAUGUCAGUACGAAAGUCUCUACGAUUACCAGAGCCUCAGCUGGAUUCGGAAAAUGGAAGCCAGUUACUAUGACAACAUCAUGGAGCAGCAACGCCUGGAACCUGAGUUCUUUCGAGUCGGCUUCUAUGGCAGGAAGUUUCCUUUCUUCCUUCGGAACAAAGAAUACGUGUGCCGUGGCCAUGACUAUGAGAGGCUGGAGGCCUUCCAGCAAAGGAUGCUCAGCGAGUUCCCGCAGGCCGUCGCCAUGCAGCACCCCAACCACCCUGACGAUGCCGUCCUACAGUGCGACGCCCAGUACUUGCAGAUCUAUGCAGUGACACCUAUUCCAGAUUAUGUGGAUGUUCUGCAGAUGGAUAGGGUCCCAGAUCGUGUCAAAAGCUUCUAUCGUGUCAACAAUGUAAGGAAGUUCCGGUAUGACAGACCUUUCCACAAAGGCCCCAAGGACAAGGAGAAUGAAUUCAAGAGCCUGUGGAUCGAGCGCACCACACUUACCCUGACUCACAGCUUGCCUGGCAUCUCCCGGUGGUUCGAGGUGGAGAGGAGGGAACUGGUGGAGGUGAGCCCUUUGGAGAAUGCCAUCCAAGUGGUUGAGAACAAGAACCAGGAGCUGCGGGCCCUAAUCAGCCAGUAUCAGCACAAGCAGGUGCACGGAAACAUCAACCUGCUCAGCAUGUGCCUGAAUGGUGUGAUUGAUGCGGCUGUCAACGGAGGCAUUGCGCGCUACCAGGAGGCCUUCUUUGAUAAAGAUUACAUCACCAAGCACCCAGGAGAUGCUGAGAAGAUCUCCCAACUCAAGGAGCUUAUGCAGGAGCAGGUCCAUAUCCUCGGAGUCGGGCUAGCAGUUCAUGAGAAAUUUGUGCAUCCAGAAAUGCGGCCUCUGCAUAAGAAGCUGAUCGAUCAGUUCCAGAUGAUGCGGGCUAGUCUCUACCAUGAAUUUCCAGGUUUGGAUAAGCUAAGUCCUGCUUGUUCGGGCACCAGCACCCCACGGGGAAAUGUUCUGGCGUCUCACAGCCCCAUGAGCCCUGAGAACAUCAAGAUGUCCCACCGGCACAGCCCCAUGAACUUGAUGGGCACGGGCCGCCAUUCAUCCUCCUCUCUGUCUUCACAUGCGUCUAGUGAAGCAGGAAACAUGGUGAUGAUGGGAGACAGCGCCCUGGGCGAGGCUCCUGAGGACCUGUACCAUCACAUGCAGCUGGCGUAUCCCAACCCCAGGUACCAGGGCUCCGUCACCAACGUCUCUGUUCUGUCCUCGUCCCAGGCAAGCCCUUCUUCCUCCAGCCUGAGUUCUACUCACUCAGCGCCAUCCCAGAUGGUUACCUCUGCCCCCUCCAGCGCCCGAGGCUCUCCCUCUCUGCCAGAUAAGUACCGCCACACCCGGGAAAUGAUGCUGCUGCUGCCCACACACCGCGACCGCCCGAGCAGUGCCAUGUACCCAGCAGCCAUCCUGGAGAACGGACAGUCACCAAACUUCCAGCGGGCCUUGUUCCAGCAAGUGGUUGGACCCUGCAAACCCUGCAGUGAUCCCAAUCUGUCUGUGGCUGAAAAAGUGGUGCCAGCAGCCCUCAGCAGCUGGAGUCUGGAUAGCGGAGCCCAAGAGGCCCAGCCCUUCCUGUCUGCCCACAUGGGGCGCAUCCUGGCCCCCCCAGUGCCUCCCCGAAGCCUGCUGCAUGGUCAUUACUCCCUACACUUUGAUGCCUUCCACCACCCUCUGGGUGACAUCCCCCCGGCCCUCCCUGCCCGGACCCUGCGCAAGUCUCCUCUCCACCCCAUCCCAGCCUCCCCCACCAGCCCCCAGUCGGGCCUGGACGGCAGCAACUCUACACUGUCUGGAAGUGCCAGCAGCGGUGUGUCCUCCUUGAGCGAGAGUAACUUUGGGCACUCCUCAGAGGCCCCACCUCGAACCGACACCAUAGACUCCAUGCCAAGUCAGGCCUGGAAUGGCGAUGAAGACCUUGAGCCACCCUACCUCCCUGUCCACUACAGUCUCUCCGAGUCUGCUGUCCUGGACUCCAUCAAGGCCCAGCCAUGUCGAAGCCACUCAGCCCCAGGGUGCGUCAUCCCUCAGGACCCCAUGGACCCACCUGCGCUGCCGCCCAAGCCCUACCAUCCCCGCCUGCCAGCCCUGGAGCACGACGAGGGCGUGCUGCUGCGCGAAGAAGCUGAGAGGCCUAGAGGCCUGCAUCGCAAGGCCUCACUGCCUCCUGGGAGCACCAAGGAGGAGCAGGCCCGCAUGGCAUGGGAGCAUGGCCGAGGGGAACAGUGAGGGGCAGGGAGGAAGCUCACCACCACCUUCAGUGAGCAGCUCGCCAAUCCGCUCCAGGUGUGAAAAGCAAGUCCCCCUCCCCACCCCCCAGGGAGCUGGAGAGGCUUGGCACUCAGGAGAGAAUCACCCAAGUCUCUGUUCUACUGCCGUGAACUCAUGUGUUGCCAUGUUCAGAAGCUGCAGCAGCAUGAAGGGUUGUGGCUUUUUUCACUUUUCGUUUCCAUUUCUUUGGGUUUUCCUUUCGUUAUGCAGUAGAUGCUCUCCUCCUGCAGUUCCAGACCCGUGGCGCUAUGUGGAGAGACUAGACAGAAUUGCUUUGCAACACUGCAGGGCCAGGAGCAGGAGCCCAGGCCCCCCAUCCACAGCAGAGCUGCAGAGAACGGAAAUUGCACUAGGGACCUCUUCCUUUGCUAUAUGGACAGAAAAGUUCAUGGUUGCCUUCAGGGAUUGCAAGGACCACGUGGACUACAUGUCACAGGUGGCUGAAGGGGCCACAAGCCAUUUUGCACAAACGCUUGCCCACCUGCCAGCUCUUCCAUCCUGGAGUGUGCAAUUGACGGGCUGGCCAGGCCAACCUGCCAGCUCAGGCACACGACUGGCCUAACUGCAUGCCCAGGGCACACUGCCAGGUUUCCAUGGGCCAGCCUUGUCUCCUGUUCCACCUUGGACUUCUCUCCGCCACUUUUAUUUCUCACCAUUCACUCCCUUCCACUUGGAUACCUCCUAACCUGUGGAAGUCUCUGUAGUGAAUGGAUCUGCAGGGUUCAUCUCCCACCCUCUCGGGGUUGAGAGGAGCAGUCAAAGGGACCACCCUAACCACCUUCCUCCGAGGCGGAGUUAGGCCCCUUCCCAUGUGUUAGAACUAGUGUAAGAGAGAGGCCAGUGGCAGGGGCCAGAAAUCCUCUAAGCUUUCAGAAGUGGCCACAAUGCCUGCCAUCAGCUCCUGAAUCAGGGAUUUUCAGCACUACCUCUGAGCCAUGGGGUUGGCUGCCCAGCCAGGCUUCCAGGCCAUGAGGACAUGUGGUCAGAUUCAGCAAGCUCCUGGGUAAAAAGGGUGGGAGGGAACGUCUCCUUUUGGAAGCAAGAGCCACGUAGGUAGAAUUGUCAUCUCCUAAGUGGCCAAGAACAGCACCCCGCUCCAGGCCCAGAGGGACCACCACUCAGGGUUCAGGGUGGGCAGGAGGGCAGUUUCUCCAGCCGCCCCAGUCUGUUGGGCAGGGUGAAGUGGGUCUUUAUAGGAAACUUUCAGGUCAGGGCACUGAUUUUCCUCUUGGUGUAUUAUUUGGGGAAUAGGGUGGGGUGGGUAUAGUAGUAUUUUACCAGGGUGCUUCUAAGUUACUUUAACUGUCUUGAGACAAAAUCUCAUUUGCUUGAGUUCACAUUAGUGAUGGUCACAACUUUGAUGGUUCGAGUCCCUUCUCCCUUCUCUGUUCAGCAGGCAUGUUCCUCCCCCCACCCAGCCCUCUUUUGCUUGCCCUGGCCCCUAGCCCUUCAUUCCUUCUUCAUGCCCCUUUCCAAACAGAAAAGACCAUGGUCAAGGUGUUUUUCUUGAAUAAACAAAUGCCAAUUUAAGACAUGCCAGCAAGUAACCUACCGGGAAAGAGAAAAGGCCGUUACUUUUAGGUUGUUUGGGUCUUAUCAUCAGUGUGAGGCUUUUUCCGAACCAUCAGCAUCGGUCCCAGCAGUCAGGCUGCUGAGAGGACGGGUCAGCAGCCUCUAGCUCAAAGGGUAGGCCUGCUGCUAAGCUUCGACUCACCUGCAGGCUUUAGUCUUUGGAUCAUAGGGGGUUCACAGGUGUUAGCGAGUCAGGGGUUAGGUUUGUAAUUUCUUAGGACGGCAGCUUUAGAUUUCCAGGCACUUCCCUGAACCUUGGUCCCUGGACAAGACAGUCAUGACGUAAGAGCAUCUACCUUCUCCACUUGGUGGUACAGGUAGCGAGCGGGUGGGGGAGUAUAAGCUGGUUGCCCUUGCUUUGUGCAAGGUGAAACGAAUUUGUUUUCCCUUUCCAUUUACCCUCACUGUAUGACAUGGACACAUUCUGAAUCUCUUGUUGGAGAAUCAGCCAGUCAGAAGGGAAAUGGGAGGCCAGAGAUGAUGAGAAUCCUUUGAAAAGAUUGUGAAAUACUGAUUUUCAUUCUUUCAAGCUUACUUGUAAAUACCUAUUUGAAUGCUGUGUAUUUGUACAGGAAUUUGAGCAAAAAAUGUAUAGAGUGUGAUGUCCAAUUGGUAUUCAGCCCUAUAAAUGUGUUUUUAACCUCUGGCAUUCUGUGCUUAUUUAAAAACGAGAAAACUUCUAACCAUUUCUUUUGUGUAUUCGUAUCUAAAGAAAAAGUGAUUUAAAAAUGAUCUUACCUGUACCAGAAAAGCGAAGUUUAAAACAUUUGUACCAGUGUCCCUAGAGGUGUUUUACUGUAUAUACUGUGGUAGCAUGCGCUAAACCCCGCGAGUACUGUCAAUUUUAGAUGUACAUAUCCGCCACUGGACCCUCCUCCCCCACCCUGACUGCUGUGAUGUGAAUUAAAGAUGAAAACCUGACACUGA